AUGGCUUCAGCAAACGACUCCGGUGUGUCGCGAUUCGCAUCUAGCGAUGAGCCGACCAUCGCUGGCCCCUUCUCGCUGUUUGACGGCUCGUUUAUCUUGGAAUUUCUUGAGCCUCGGCCUGAGAGAAACGCGUCGAGCAAGUACGCUCUUUCGCGCUCUGACUGGUUCUCAACCGCACAGUCUCCUCCAUUGCAUAUCCACUUCCUACAAUCCGAGUCUCUAGCCGUCCUCAGCGGCCAGGUGGGUACGACUACAACUUAUGAUCUUGUCGACACCAUCCACACUCCACAGAAUACCGGCGAAGCCACCCCCUAUGAGAUCACCCCCAUGAGGCCACAUACAUUUUGGCCACAUCCGGAUGCUACAGAGGACACUACCUUCCUGCUAUGGGCUCAUCCCAGCCCAGACGAUAUGGAUCAGAAGAUGGAUAGACUGUUUUUCCAGAACCUUUUGUUGUAUCUCAGCGAUAUUUCUAACGGGAAGGAGCAGAUGAGCAUUCUUCAGAUCAUGCUGAUGCAACACGUGGCGGCCACCGCUAUGGUCAUCUUCUCUGGAGCAUGGUUUCUCGGCCCGUUGAGAUGGUGGGUGCCUUGGAAACUCCAAGCACUUGGAGCUACCAUCGCCCAAUGGAGAGGCAAGAAGACGCUCAUGCAACAGUACUUGUCCAAGGAAGAAUGGGAGGAUGUGCAAUCUCGCAUUAAUGGGCACCAAAAGACCUUGUGA